UAAAAUUGGUACAAAAUGCCAGCUCCAUGUGACGAUAUCGUUGAAGAUAUAGAGGAUUUAAUAUUGUCACAGGAUAUUACACCGAAAGAACGAUAUAGUACAAGAAAAAAUAUUACUGUUCGUUCGAAACGAAAACAGUUGACACAGAAAGUGCCUCAGCCUCCAAUACUCAACAGUAUUGUGCCAGGAACUCAGACAAUUUAUGUAAAAACAUGGGGAUGUACGCACAACAAUUCUGACAGUGAAUACAUGGCAGGUCAACUAGCAGCCUAUGGUUACAAUUUAACAGAAAAUAAGUUUGCAGCAGACUUAUGGCUUUUGAAUUCAUGUACAGUAAAAAGUCCUGCAGAGGAUCAUUUCCGAAAUGAAAUAGAAGCUGGAAAGAAACUGGGAAAACAUGUUGUAGUAGCUGGAUGUGUACCGCAAGGCGCUCCAAAAUCAUCUUUUCUGCAAGGACUCAGUAUGAUCGGUGUGCAACAAAUCGAUCGCGUUGUGGAAGUGGUCGAAGAGGCCCUAAAGGGAAACACAGUCCGCUUCUUACAACAGAAAAAGGAAGCUGGAAAAAAGAUAGGCGGCGCCUCUCUGAGUCUUCCCAAAGUUCGAAGGAAUCCGUUAAUAGAAAUUAUAGCUAUAAACACGGGAUGUUUAAAUCAGUGUACUUACUGCAAAACGAAACACGCUAGAGGUGAAUUAGGAAGUUAUCCGCCAGAAGAAAUUAUCGUAAGAGCAAUUCAGGCCUUUGACGAAGGUGUCUGUGAGUUAUGGCUAACGUCUGAAGACACUGGAGCAUAUGGUAGAGACAUUGGCACUAGUUUACCGGCAUUGCUGUGGGCACUUGUUGAAGUGGUGCCGGAUGGAUGUAUGAUUCGUAUUGGCAUGACCAAUCCGCCAUACAUUAGGGAACAUUUAGAGGAAAUGAGCAAAAUUCUUAACCAUCCGAAAGUUUAUAGUUUCCUCCACAUUCCUGUACAAUCUGGAAGCGAUCAAGUACUAUCGGACAUGAAGCGGGAGUACACACGUGCCGAUUUCGAACACGUUGUGAACUUUCUGCGUGAACGAGUCCCAGGAUUGACUAUAGCCACUGACAUAAUUUGCGGCUUCCCGAGAGAGACAGAGAAUGAUUUCGAGGAGACAAUGACGCUCUGUGAAAAGUACAAGUUUCCGAGUUUGUUUAUCAAUCAGUUCUUUCCUAGACCGGGCACACCGGCUGCCCGAAUGCCAUAUGUACCCAUGCAACAAGUGAAGCAGAGAACGAAAAGAUUAUCAGAAUUCUUUCAUUCUUAUUUCCCAUACGAUAACAAUGUUGGACUAGUUCAAGAUGUUCUAGUUACGGAAAUAUCUCAUGAUAAACAGCAUUACGUUGGGCACAAUAAAUCUUAUGAGCAAGUUUUAGUGCCCUUGAGAGAAGAAUAUUUAGGGAAAUUGAUUAAGGUGAAAAUUGUAAAAACGACGAAGUAUUCUAUGAAAGGAGAACCAGUAAAUGAAGGUAUUUCUCCGUCUUUGAAGUUAUGUUUGCCGAAGGGAACUGUGUCUGGUUUACCAAUGGAAAUGAAACCAUCAAAGUAUAGGAUAGCAGCAGUUCUGGUAGUCAUGUUUGCGGUGAUUUUAAGACUCCUAUGGAAGUUUUUGAUCGUUUAGAAAUGAA